AAUCAUUCGUUGAAUUAAGAAACGUUCUUAAACCAAAAAAGUUAAAAAUGAUAUCUUUAAUUUUACUAAUACUUUUUGGUGUAGUUGUUGGCAAGUUCUACACUCCACAAACACAAGCACUAUUGAAAAAUGUUAUUAUUAAAUGUGAGAAAGAAGUAAACAUCGAACGUACAUUGAUAAUUGAUUUUAUGAAUAAAAAGUUUUCGGAUGAUGACGUGUUAAAACAUUUUCUCUUCUGUUCUUAUUUAAAACUGGGUUUUAUAAAACAAGAUGGUACUAUAAAUAAAGAAGCUGUAAUUAAUUUUGGUGAUAACUUAAUAGGCGAUUCUAAAGCAGCUUCUGCUGCUUGCAGCAAUAUACAAGGUGGGAAUGGCUUGGAAUCUGCUUAUUUAUUUGCUAAAUGUUAUAUGGAUGGGUUACCGAAAGAAGAAUUCGCUGGAGUAGAAUUAUAAAAAAAUUUCAUAUACAUUUAUUUCUCUGUUUUAAAAUACAAUGUUUAAUCUUG